AUGGCCUCCGCGUCCGCGGACAAGGGCGAUGGCAAGGGCAGGAAGCAGAACAUGAGCGCGACCCAGCUCCUGCUCGCCGCGCUCGCCGUGCUAGGUAUCUUCGUGGUCGGGAUUUUCUCCGCGAGCUUCGUGAGCAACGCGCGGCAAGCCGCGGAGGACGCCAAGGUCGUCGCGGACGCCGGCGGCCCCCCGGCGGGCUCGGUGCGCGCCCGCCUGCGGGAAAAGGCCGCGGAGCCGGGGUUCUCGCUGCGCAUGAAGAAGGGCGUGCUGGAGUGGGCGUUCUCGAAGCCCACGUUCUCGCCGCGCGCCGUGUGGGAGGUCGUCGAGAGCAACGGCGUCGCGCACAUCAAGGCGACGGCCAACGCCACCAUCUGGUACACCGAGACGCACAUGAACAGCGCGCCGUACCUGAGCAUCCCCCAGGUGCUCACGAUCUACCCCACGCACCCCGAGGUCAGGAAGCUCCUCAAGCCCAAGGAGCUCGGGACGUACUGGCGCCAGGAGUGCGGCGACACGACGAUGGCGCUCGCGCUCGAGGUGUGGAAGGACGGCAAGUCGUUCUGGGCCGACUACCUCGACACGCUGCCCGCGGACCCCGACCACCCGCUCCUGUGGCCCGAGAGCGACCUCGAGCGGCUGCGCAAGAUCCCGAGCGCCGGCCCGAUCGUCGAGCGCCGGGAGAAGAUCGUCCAGGAGAUGUACGACACGCUCAAGGGGCAGGUGGCGAAGAACCUGCCCGCGGGGCACAUCUUCCGCAAGGCGCUCAAGAGCAAGAAGAAGAAGGCCGUGGUCAUGGACGACCUGCGCUGGGCGCACGCCGUCGUCAUGCACCAGUCCCUCGAGGGUGUGGGCUCCCCGGAGGCGCAGCGGCACAUGCAGGCUGGUUGCAUGCUGGUGCCGCUGGUGGACGACCUCCCCCGCGUGAACAACCUCGCGAUGCUGUCGAUGCACAUGUCCCCCGACCACCCCUCGGGCCUGGCGGUCGAGCUGAACUCGAUGGUGAACGCCAGCGCGGGCGACCCCGUGACGGUGCACACGGGCGGGCCGGCGUGCAACGGCCGCGCGCUGGCGACGCACGGCUGGCUCACGGACGAGGCGCGGCUGGGCAUCUCCGCGCGGCUGCUGCAGCGGUCGAUGCGGCGGCACGACUGCUUCUCGUCGGAGAUCACGCCGGCGAUGACGCUGGAGGCCGCGGCGGCGGUGGGCGUGAACAGCACGGUGAAGACGGAGAAGAAGUUCGUGGACAACAUCCGGCGGCAGGCGAGCAAGGCGCGGGCGUCGAAGAACCAGGUCCAGCAGUCGCAGGCGCUGUCGCCCGUGCAGCAGCUCGACUUCUCGACCAAGCACCCGCUCGACGGGAUGGCGUUCCUGUACAUCGAGGCCGGGCUGCGGCUCAAGGGCGAGGAGGCGCGCAACAAGUCGGUCCUCGUCCUCGACGAGAUCUUCAGGCGCUGGGAGGACUCGGUCCCGGACAUUGAGCACAAGACGCCCUUCGACUCGAUCCGGGAGGCGCGGCUGUGGCACGCGGUGGACGGGGCGCAGCUCGCGCUCAAGAUGGCGGUGUGCGCGAUCAAGCCGGACAACUCGUGCGACCCGUUCAAGCUCAAGGACGAGCUCUACAAGGACGUCACGAGCAAGGAAGAGGUGAUGGAGGCGCUGGGGAAGCAGCAGACCAAGCCGAAGAAUCGCAAGAGCCUGUUCUCGCGGAUUUUCGGCGGCGGCGAGAAGAAGACCGACCUCUGA